AUUUAAAUGAAUACUAAAAUAAAUUAAAGAAUUCCUGCUCCUAAAUUUAAUUGGAACAUAUAUGAUCAAUUUUCAUCAGAGGAUACAAAAACUUAAGUUUAAUUAUAAAAAUCAGAUAAAAGAAGAUACAAAUAAGUGAAUCUUUUGGUUGAUGAAAUGCUUGCUAACUUAAAGAAUAAUAAUAUGUUAUAAGGAAUAAAUAUUGACAAUAUAAAACAUCAAUCUGUUGAAUUACUAAAUAACUCUAUGAUUGAAAAAGUAAAAUCAAAAAGAUAUUAAUCAAUAGCUUGCGCAUUGAUUAUUUAAUCUUUUAGAAUUCUAUUAAUCCCAUUCAGAAUUAAAGAAAUCACAUAAGCAUUAGUUUGUGAUGAAAAAUAAGUGCGCAAGUUAUUGAUAUCACUUAAUCAAAUAAAACCUUUUGAUUAGGAUGCCUUUACUUUAUAAUACAUGAGCAGAAUUUGUAUUGGAUUAGGAUUUAAUCAGAAAUUUUAAACACUUUGUAGAUUUCUUUAUUCAUAUCUAAAGAAUUAAAAUUUAGUUUAAGGGGAGCAUGAACAUGUUAUUGCUUCAGCUUUAAUUAAAUAAACUGGAGAUUUUGUAUUUUAAGAAAAGGGAGGCAUUAAUUUGAAUAUAAUUUCAAUUAAUGCUGGAUGUUGUGAAACCUCACUAAAAAAUCUCCUCUCAAAAUUACAACCUUAUUAUCAAUAAAUGAUAGAAUAAGCAUAUGAGUUUUACAGAAGAACUUUGUGAAUAAUAAAAUUUUCUAUUUUGUAAUUAAUAUAUACUGAACUUACAAGAUAAUCAAUUUUGUGAAAUAUUCAUUUGGUUUAGUA